AACCAUAUUUAAAGUAGUAGUAGUAAUUUUUUUCAUUUUCAAAGUUGAACAAGUCAAAGAAAUAUACUAAUGAGCUAAUUGCAAUCAUCUUCAAUUUUUUAUUAGCAAGUCCCAAGAACUUUCCCUUUUCUCUACGUUCUCAACACACCACAAAUCAACUCUCUCAACCCAAAAUCCUUAUCAUCAUCACAAAACCAAACUCUUCUUCCUUCUUCACUCUUUCACUAUUCCACAAACUCACACACACCCUUCAACUUCCACACCACACACACACUCUCAUCACCAAAAAAAAAUUAAAAAUGAAACCAUUAAUCAACUUCAAAACCUUCAUCACCACUCUCAUCUACUUUUCCAUUUCCCUCCAUAGCCUUCAAGCAUACGUCCCAAUUGACCUUUUUACCCUCAGUUGUGGCACAGAAGGAAACUCUACCGACGGACAAAGAAUAUGGACAGGAGACACAAGCUCAAAACUUUUGUCAUCAUCAUCUCAAAACAACCCAACAACAACACAAAAAUCUUCAACCAACAAAAUCCCAUAUUCAACAGCACGUUUAUCACACACAAUAUUCAACUACUCUUUUCCCGUCACUACAGGUCCUAAAUUCCUCCGUCUUUUUUUCUACCCUUCUACUUAUACCAACGGUUUUAACCGUCACGACGCUUCUUUCACUGUUAUUUCCAACGGUUUCACACUUCUUAAGGAUUUUAAUGCUUCAUUAAACGCUGAUGUCGAAGGUGUUGAUACUUUAUUGAAAGAAUAUGUUAUUAACGUUGGUGAUGAUCAAAGGCUUGAUUUGAGUUUCAUUCCAAGUACUGGAAAUUCUAAUAACUAUGCUUUCAUUAAUGGAAUUGAAGUCUUAUCUAUGCCUAGUGAUCUCUAUUAUACAGCACCCACUGAUCCUGGAAUUUCACUUGUGGGGACCACUAUCACACCUGCAUAUACUAUUCCAACAACCGUUGCACUAGAAACAGAUUACAGGAUCAAAGUUGGAGUGCAACCAAACGCACCAGACAUUCAAGACACAGGCAUGCUCAGAAGCUGGAACACCAAUGACACAGACUAUUUAAAAACUCCAACAGCACGUGACUUCGUCUCAGGAGAUGUAACACGUACGAGUAAUAUCACUGUAACCCCCGAUUACGUGGCACCAAAAGAACUCUUCAAAUCAUCACGUGACUUAGGCACAAAUUCCACUCUCAACCAACUCUUAAACCUGACUUGGGUAUUCCCUGUUGAUUAUGGAUUCUAUUACUUGAUCAGGCUCCACUUCUGUGAACUCGACCCCGACAUAACUAACACGGGUGAUAGAGUGUUUACCAUCUAUUUACAAGGAAACGUGGCGGAACAACAAGCUGAUGUUAUGAAAUGGACCCUAAAUAAAAAAGGAGUUGCUGUGCAACGAAACUACGCCAUUUCAAUUCCAAAGAGUAAUAACAACGGUAACAAAAAAGUUAACCUCUCUCUUCAAAUGCAUCCUCUUAGUAAUAAUACACGAGAAACUGUAUACAGUGAUCCAUUUUUAAAUGGACUUGAAAUUUUCAAGAUCAGUGAUUACAGUUUGAAGAAUCUAGCUGGACCCAACCCAGAUCCGAUUCAGAAUCCAAAUAACCCGAAUGCAGGUCAAAAUAAAAAGAAAAGCAUAAGUGGAACGACACUAGUUGGUGUCGUUUUGGGAGCUGUAUUUGGCGUCAUCUUAGUUUUCAUUGUCGUUUUCUUCGUUUUUAGAAGUAAAAGGAAAACCAAAGGGGAAAUGGCUACAACAACAAAAGUAUCAAAGUCUUCUGCGACAUCGAAGUGGGGUCCACUUUCAUUUUCAACAACGAAAUCAAGCAACACACAAAACUCACUGCCGUCAGAUCUCUGUCGUAGUUUUUCUCUCCUAGAGAUACGUGCUGCCACGAACAACUUUGAUGAACUUUUCAUUGUUGGUGUAGGAGGAUUCGGCCACGUGUACAAAGGCUACAUCGACAAUGGUGCCACACCGGUUGCGAUUAAGAGACUUAAACCGGGUUCACAACAAGGUGAAAAUGAGUUCAUCAACGAGAUUGACAUGCUCUCGAAGCUUCGUCACCUUCACCUCGUUUCUUUAAUCGGUUACUGCAACGAGAAUAAUGAAAUGAUCAUUGUUUAUGAUUACAUGGAACGUGGAACUUUACGUGAUCAUCUCUACAACACGGAGAAUCCUGCUUUAUCAUGGAAACAACGAUUGCAGAUUUCAAUAGGUGCAGCACGUGGGUUACAUUACCUUCAUACAGGUGCAAAACACACGAUCAUUCACCGUGAUGUGAAAACGACGAAUAUUCUGUUAGAUGAGAAAUGGAAGGCUAAGGUUUCUGAUUUUGGGCUUUCGAGAAUUGGGCCUACAGGUAUUACUAAGGCCCAUGUUAGCACCGUUGUUAAAGGGAGUGUUGGGUAUUUAGAUCCUGAGUAUUAUAAACGACAGCGUUUAACAGAGAAAUCUGACGUGUACUCGUUUGGUGUGGUUUUAUUUGAGAUACUAUGUGCUCGGCCGCCUCUAAUUAGAACCGCGGAGAAGAAACAAGUGUCACUUGCUGAUUGGGGGAGGUAUUGUUAUAAAAAUGGGACCCUAGGGAGUAUUGUAGACCCUUCGGUGAAGUGGAGUAUAGCACCAGAGUGUUUGAGAAAAUUUGGUGAGAUUGCAGUCAGCUGUUUGUUGGAUGAUGGAACAAUGAGACCAUCAAUGAACGAUGUUGUUUGGAUGUUGGAGUUUGCAUUGCAGUUACAAGAGAGUGCGGAACAACGCGAGCAUGUUGUUAUUCCGCAUACUCUUGGCCGGAUUGAUGACUUGGAAGGUGAGAAAAGAGGCGAAAAUGAUGACGUGUUUAGUAGUGGAACCAGUGUGGCACAUGUUUCAGAUUUUAAUAAGAGUAGUGAAGUGAGUGUGAGUACUAUGACUACUAGUAGUAGUGGAGAUAAUAGCUAUGGUUAUAAUAAGGAAAGUGUUUUCUCUGAAAUUGUGGAUCCAAAAGCACGUUGAGGAAAAUCAGUUAGUUGAGGCAAAGUGUUAUUUAUGCUUGAAAAUGUACUAGCUAGAUACUCAAAAUUUGUGUGCAUUUUUUUUUUCCUAUUUUUUAUAUGUUAGUUUCUUGAAGUUGAAAUAAUGUAACUUGUACAGGAAUCAAAUUUCUUA